UUCUUCCUCUGAACCCUGACAGCGCCUUCAGGGCUGAGCAAGGUGGGACGAAGUUCAUUUCUUCUGAUAAUGGAGCAAUAAAUUCUUAUUCUCUGGAAGAUUCAGGUGUCCUGUGCCUGCUAUCUCAGUGCAAGUCCUCUCUUUAAAAGCAGUAUCUUACAUACCAUAGUUUCUAUUUUAACCUUAUAUUAUAACCUAAAACUAUAUUCAAUGCACUACUUAAGAAAAUUAAUACAGCAUAACUUUCUAACAUAACACAUAUCAUAUUCAUUUUCAUAUUUGUGAAAAGCCAAUCAUAAAAAAAAGCAUUUUUCACAGUGAGGUCAGGGAUGCUCUUCACAGGGAUAGGGGUUGGGAUAUGUUGGGUUCUAGAGAUUGUGAAUCAUGAAAUAGUGAUAUUUACACGCUCACUUUAAAAGCUUUAUGACCAAUCACACAAAGCAGAAGCACAUUGACAGUAGAUUUAUCCAGCCUCUGUAAGUACACGUACCUUUGUUAAAACAAUGUUUGCUUAUUUUGAAUGCAAUACCUGCUUGUGAGCCUUCAAACACAAUGCACAGAGCUCCAUUACCAAGCUUAGAACUUCCUAAUAUCUCACUAGAUAAACGCUUCUGCAGCUUAGGGAGUUAUUCUAGAUAAGCACUAAUACACAGAACAUUGUUCUAAUUGUCCUUACUUUUCUGCUUCUUACAUAAUUUUUCUGCUGACCAAUCUCAUGGCUGCUGCUUAUCUCUAAUCACAGCUUUGCUCUCUCUGAGGCUGCCUUCUGCAGCUUUCCCAAAACCCUCUGAUUUCAUGGAUUCCCACACAAGGAGGUGUUUAUUUGCAGGGUGCAGAGCUGAGCUGUGGAAGUUGUUGCUGUAGGAGAUGAUGGAUGCUAAAAGGUUGCUGGGCCAGAGAGGAAGCAGGACAAUUUCAUGAUUCAGAAAUCAUUGAAAACAUCUAAAGAGGAGGGCUUUUAAUUGCUGUGAAGGACUUCAGUCAAUGCUUCACAUUUAUCUCACCCUCAGGAUUUCAGACACUUCUAAUGGGCUGCUAACUCAGGACACAGCCACGGCAGGAUUUUCAGAUUUUAGCAGCGGGAAGAUGCUGACGGACAGGAACGGAUCCUGGCUCUCCAAUUUCUCCUCUGCUGCCUCCUCCUUGGCACGGGGAGGGGUUGGGCUCCAGGAGGUGCUGGUGGGGCUCGUCCUCACCCUCAUCGACGUGGUGACACUGCUGGGGAACACCGUGGUGUUCCUGUGCCCCGUGGUGGAGAAGAGGCUGCGCACGGUCACCUACAUGUUCAUCAUGUCCCUGGCCAUGGCUGAUUUCCUGGUGGCCUGCCUGGUGAUGCCCUUCAGCAUCAUUUACGAGGUGACAGGGAUGUGGCUCUUUGGGAAGCUGUUCUGCAAAGUCUGGAUCUCCUUCGACGUCAUGUUCUGCACCGCAUCCAUUGUCACGCUGUGCUUCAUCAGCCUGGACAGGUACUGCUCCGUGGUCACCCCCUACCACUACUCCAGGAGGAUGUCCCGGGGCAGAUGCAUCGUGAUGACCUGCACGGUCUGGGUGUAUUCCUCCCUCAUUUCCUUCCUUCCCGUCAUGCAAGGCUGGAAUGAGAUCCCCGGGGUGGACUUUGACGCGGGCAGGGAAUGCAUCUUUGUCACCAACUGGGUUUUUGCCAUCGUGGCUUCUGCCCUGGCCUUCUUCCUCCCCUUCAUGGUCAUGUGCAGCAUGUACUUCUUCAUCUACCGAGCCUCCCGCCUCAAGGCCACCCGCAUCAUGUCCCAGACGCUGGAGAUCCACUACCACCCCAACAGCAAGAGGCAGAACCACCUGCAGCUGGAGAACAAGGCCACGAGGACCAUCAGCAUCAUCAUCUCCGUGUUCGUGCUGUGCUGGCUGCCCUACUUCGUGCUGAACGUGUGGCUGGCGGCCAGGGGCAGCGACUCCACCAGCUCCGUGCUGCUCGGCGCCUUCAAGAUCAUCACCUGGCUGGGCUACUGCAACUCCACCAUCAACCCCCUGCUCUACGCCUUCCUCAACAGGGACUUCCAGCACGCCCUCAAGAAGCUGCUCCUGUGCAGGCGCAGGUCUCAGGUGGACGUUGGGGAAGACAUGGUUUCCAUAGCCACCUUUUCCAAGACCGCUCCAGAGCUGGAAUACAGCGCGGCGGCGCCCAACGGUGCCCCCAAGGGCAAAGCCAAGUCAUAGGAGGAGCAGGCGCUGGAGGUGGUGAUACAGAAAGCGCUGGAGCACGUCCCAGUGGAAAAACAAAGGGUAGGAAAAGAGGGGAAGCAGGGGCUGGAAUAUUACAACACAACAAAGAUGCAUUUCUUCACCUUCCACAUAAAGAAAUCAGAUAUUUUAGAGGCAAUAUGUUGUAUAUUAAUGGAACUAAUUCAUUCCUGGAUAAUUAUUUUUCUAAUGAGAAUUUUCUACGACAAAUUCAACCUUCAUGUUGGGUAAAAACCACCAAACCAGUAUGGUGUAACGUGACCUUACAUUUGUGCACAUCCUGGUGAUCUGUGUCAGGUGGGACAGUGUUUCUUAUCAAGCCACUGUAGCUUCUCACCUCGAAGUUUCAUUACAGACUUGACCAGUUUUAAUAACUCCACCUGUGCCAGUCUGUGUAUGGGAAUUGGAGGAGGGAUGUGCUC